AUGAAUGACACCAAAUUAUACGAAAGCAUCCAAAAGCUAAGUAAUGCAGGUUGCAAGUUGGAAGCCGCGGCGCAUGCGCCUCCUAUAUAUUCCAGGCUAAAUAGCCAACGACCUGUCUUAGUACGCGCCCGUUCUAACUGCGAUCAAAUUUCGAUCUUACUAUGUAACGAACUGAACCCUUUUGAGGGUGCGUUUCACGUUGUUAGGAUAAGGGCAGCCUCAGUAGCCUCCCGGUCGUCAGCGGCUGCGGACGUGUCCCUCCGUAUUCAACACCUCAUCGGCAAAGUUUCAAACUUUACGUGA